UGUCCUAUUGGCCGUGAGUGGCGCGAAUCGGUUCACGUGACGCCGUAGUUUGGCGCGAAAGUCUCCCAGCGUACCGAGCGGUAAGCAGCGUGUGAUCGGUAAUCAGGAUGGAUAUCGCUCAGCCCGGAGCCCCGGCCGCUGCCGCCCCUCAUGUGAAGGAUGAGCUGGCCGACAAGUGUCAGAAGUUGUUCCAGGACUUCCUAGAGGAGUUUCAGAACACGGAUGGAGAGUUGAAGUAUAAGAACGAAGCAGAAGAGCUGAUCCGCCCGGAGAGGAACACUCUUCUGGUCAGCUUCCAGGAUCUGGAGCAGUUCAAUCAGCAGCUGGCCACCACCGUCCAGGAGGAGUUCUAUAGGGUCUACCCGUACCUCUGCCGAGCCGUGCGAUCUUUUGCCAAAGACCAUGGGAAUAUUCCUCAGAUCAAAGAAUUCUACGUGGCUUUCCAAGACCUUCCCACCCGACACAAGAUCAGAGAACUGACCACUCCUCGUAUCGGCUCUCUGAUGAGAAUCAGUGGUCAGGUUGUCCGGACUCACCCUGUGCAUCCAGAGCUGGUCAGCGGUACCUUCCUCUGUCUGGACUGUCAGACUCUAAUCAAAGAUGUGGAGCAGCAGUUCAAAUACACCCAGCCCAGUAUCUGCCGGAACCCUGUGUGCGCCAACAGGAGGCGCUUCAUGCUGGACACCAAUAAAUCCCGAUUUGUCGAUUUCCAAAAGGUUCGCAUCCAGGAGACACAGGCAGAGCUCCCGCGGGGCAGUAUUCCUCGUAGUGUGGAAAUUAUCCUCCGUGCUGAGGCCGUGGAGUCUUGUCAGGCCGGUGACAGAUGUGAUUUCACUGGAUCUCUCAUCGUUGUACCCGAUAUCGCUCAGUUGGCUACUCCAGGUGUUCGGGCGGAAACAAGUACUCGAGUGGGAGCAGCUGAAGGUUAUGAAGCAGAAGGGGUCCGCGGCCUUAAAGCGCUUGGCGUCAGAGACCUGUCCUACAAACUGGUCUUCCUUGCGUGCUACGUUUCAGCGACAAAUCCCAGGUUUGGUGGAAAAGAUCUCAACGAUGAGGACAUGACGGCGGAGAGCAUUAAGAACCAGAUGUCUGUGAAGGAAUGGGAGAAGGUUUUUGAGAUGAGCCAGGAUAAGAACCUUUACCAUAAUCUGUGCAACAGUCUCUUCCCUACCAUACAUGGUAACGAUGAGGUGAAGCGAGGCGUCUUGCUCAUGCUUUUUGGUGGUGUCCCAAAGACCACUAUGGAGGGCACAUCUCUGCGGGGAGACAUCAAUGUUUGCGUUGUCGGAGACCCGAGUACAGCAAAGAGUCAGUUCCUCAAACACGUUGAGGAGUUCAGCCCGCGGGCGGUGUACACCAGCGGGAAGGCGUCCAGUGCUGCCGGUCUGACUGCGGCUGUAGUGAGGGACGAGGAGUCCCAUGAAUUUGUGAUAGAGGCCGGAGCCUUGAUGUUGGCUGAUAAUGGUGUGUGUUGCAUCGAUGAAUUUGACAAAAUGGACCUGAAGGACCAGGUGGCAAUCCAUGAAGCCAUGGAACAGCAAACCAUCUCCAUCACCAAAGCUGGUGUUAAGGCAACACUGAACGCAAGAACAUCCAUUUUGGCUGCUGCAAACCCUGUUGGAGGACGUUAUGACAGGUCAAAGUCCCUGAAACAGAACAUCAACUUGUCUGCUCCGAUCAUGUCAAGAUUUGACCUCUUUUUCAUCCUGGUUGAUGAAUGCAAUGAGGUGACGGAUUACGCCAUUGCUCGGCGUAUUGUUGACCUACACUCUCGCAUCGACGAAUCCAUUGACAGGGUGUACACCCUCGAUGAAGUCCGUAGGUACUUGCUCUUUGCCCGGCAGUUCAAGCCUAAAAUCUCCAAAGAUUCAGAAGACUUCAUAGUGGAGCAGUACAAGAGGCUGCGUCAGAGGGAUGGCUCUGGGGUUACGAAGUCGGCUUGGAGGAUCACUGUCCGGCAGCUGGAGAGUAUGAUCCGCCUGUCUGAAUCCAUGGCAAGGAUGCAUUGCAGUGAUGAGGUGCAGCCAAAACAUGUCAAAGAAGCUUUCCGGCUUCUGAACAAGUCCAUUAUUAGAGUGGAGACUCCGGAUGUGAACCUGGAUCAGGAAGAUGUGGAGGAAGAGCCGGCUCAGGAGGGCAUCAAUGGCGAUGUCGGAAUUCCCAACAGUCAUGUGACUGGAAUAAAUGGUCACGCUGAUAGCGAGCCUAUGGAGACGUCGUCUGCCAAACCAAGCUUGCGUCUCAGCUUUACAGAAUACAAGAGGAUCUCCAAUCUGUUGGUCCUGCAGCUGAGGAAGAUGGAGGAUGAGGAUGAAUCGACGCAGAAGAAAAGCGAGCUCAUUAACUGGUAUCUGAAGGAUAUCGAGUCCGAGAUCGACUCUGAAGAGGAACUCAUAAACCGGAAGCAGAUCAUUGAGAAAGUUAUUCACAGACUAGUUCAUUAUGAUCAGAUCCUGAUUGAAUUAUCGCAGACGAGUCUGAAAGUCUCCGGCAGUGAAGAGGAAGCUGCGAAGGAAGAGGAUCCUUACCUGGUUGUUAAUCCCAACUACCUCCUGGAAGAUUAGAGCUGCUGUAAAUACGGACAUUGGAAGCUUUCCAGGCUGGAUUUCCCCGACACCCAGAGACUCGUGCUUUUAGAUUUUUAGACUUUUUUUUCAGAGCUUUUCUGGAAAGCAGAACCUGUCUUUAUUUUAAGAGUCCAAGAAGUUUUAUUCUGGUGGAACCGUUCGUAUUUUGGUCUUGGCCAAAUCCUGAGCUGUUGACUCUGCAAGUUCCAAGUCUGACAUUGUGGAUUCG